UCAAUGUCUAUAUUGUGCAUACAUUUUAUAACAUGACAGAUUUAUUUGAGCUGAAAUUGCUGUUCGUAAAAUACUUUUCCACCCAUUUUUAGUCCAUUCUUUUAAUUAUGUUAACUAAAGUACUAAAGCGUGUGAAAAUAAAAGGCAGAACUGAGACUAUUAUUCGUGAACAAUAUCUUCGAGAUGAUGUUUUCUGCCAUAGCCCUUUGUGUGAAUUAUGUUUGUUAUUUUUAUCUUCCAAAGGUAUUCAACUUGAAAAAGAUGCAUCCUAUUAUGUUAUUCCUUGUGUUGAUAUUAUUGAAAAAUAUUUGGAAAUUUUGGAGCUACAAGAAAUCAAAGGGAUGAUUUUUUUACAAAGCAUAGUAUCGAAAGUUAUGCAGAACUUUGGAAAUAAGUUCUUUAAUCGUAUAUUGAAUAUCUCCAAAGAUGUACGUCGUGGCAGUGUUGUCUUUUUGAAUGAGAUAUGCAGAACUACCGCAGUUCCAAGAACAUCUUCAGACUCAUCAGAUGAAUGGCUUAUUAAAUGUUGCAUACAGACUGCCAAAUAUUACAGCAGCCACCUAAAUGAAAGGAUUCCAGUGGUGAUCCUAACUGAUGAAGUACAGCUUUAUGAGUCACAGAUUACAAGCAAAUACAUUCAUAUUUACUCCAUGAAAGAAUGUCUUCAACUGGUGUGGAAAGAUUUGGAUCCUGCUAUUCAGCUCUAUGAGUCUCUGAAUCUUGCUCUCGGUGUUGGAAGUGUAAAUGAUUUGUCAAAAUCAUACGACAAUUAUUUACCUUUGGAUGUCCUACAAGCUGGUAUCAAGUCUGGGCGUUUUUUCAAAGGUCAUCUCCAAGUGAAUAAGCAUAAUGCAUCCCAAGAGGCUUUUGUGAGAUCAUCAAAAGUAUUUGCUAAAGAUUCUGAAGACAUAUAUGUUUGUGGUAUGAGAGACAGAAACAGAGCUGUUCAUGAAGAUGAAGUUGUUGUUGAAUUAUUUCCAAAAAAUCAAUGGAAGUCACGUUGUAUGAAUUUGGUUGACAAUCCGUAUGAUUCCAAAGAUAAUACUGAUACUGAAUCUACAAAAGUUGAUGUGAUUCCUACUGGAAGAGUUGUUGGUGUCAUUGAGAGAUGUUGGAGAAAUUAUGUUGCUACUUUACCUGAAGAAAACGAAGAAAAAAAUUCCUCAUCACGGGUGACAGAACGUAUCCUUGUGGUGCCCUAUGACUAUUGUAUUCCAAAGAUACGUAUUGCAACCAAACAGGCUGAAAGUCUUCGCAAUAAAAGAAUUGUUGUGAGAAUAGAUAGUUGGGACACUGAUUCACAAUACCCAAAUGGACAUCUAGUGCAAGCAUUAGGAGAGAUCAAUGAUCUGGAGACUGAAGUUCAGUGCUUGUUGAUUGAGCAUCAGUUGUUUUUUGGCGAAUUCACAAAAAAUUUGAUAUCAGAAUUGCCUUAUAGCGCAGAUAAACCUUGGCAAGUAGACGAAACAGAAAUUUCCAAACGAAAAGAUUUGCGUCACUCUCAUCUUAUUUUUAGCAUUGAUCCAAAAAAUUGUGAGGAUGUAGAUGAUGCUUUAUCAGUGAAGAAGCUUCCAGAUGAUAUGCUUGAGUUAGGUGUUCAUAUUGCAGAUGUAACUUAUUUUGUAAAGCCACUUACUCUAGUGGAUCUCGAAGCACGAAGUCGUUCCACAUCUGUUUAUUUGCCAGAUCGUCGCUAUGAUAUGCUUCCUCAUAUUCUUAGUGGAAAUUUGUGUUCCUUACUGGGCAGUGUUGAUAGGUAUGCUGUUAGCGUGCUGUGGACCCUGGACUCUAAAUUUAGCGUAAAAAGCAUUUGGUAUGGUCGAACUAUUAUACGGUCUCAAUAUAAGCUAUGUUAUGAGACUGCUCAAGAUAUUCUCUGCAACAAAACAAUUGACGAAGUAAUUUGUGAUAUACCUGAACUUCAAAACAUUAAUACAACAGAAUUACAUUCGAAAUUUGAUGAACUUAGAGACACUCUGUUCCUCUUACAUCACAUAGCAAAUCGUUUGCGCAAUGAGAGAUUACAUGCUGGGGGACUUGAACUUAGUAGUAUAAAUAUGAAAUUUGAAAUUGACAAAAUGCUGCCAUCUAUUGUUUCUGGAGUGAAAGCAUCAAAAGAGUUAGCUAUUCACAAAACUGUUGCCGAGUGCAUGAUAUUUGCUAAUCACUGGGUAGCAAAAAAAAUUCAUGAAGAUUUCCCUCAUCAAGCUGUGCUACGCUGUCAUCCAAAUCCAAGAGAGGCCGACUUGGCUGCUCUGCAACAAAUAGCUUCUUCCAAAGGAUAUGAAUUAAAUAUACAUUCCAAUAAAGAUCUGGCCUCUUCUUUAGAGAAAGCCGUUGAUAACCAAGAUCCUGGUUUUAAUCAGAUAUUGCGUAUCUUAGCUACUCAAGCUAUGAACCAAGCAACAUAUUUUUGCACAGGAGGGCUCAGCGUUUCACAGUUUUACCACUAUGGAUUAGGUCUUGAUAAAUAUACGCAUUUCACGUCACCUAUUCGAAGAUAUGCAGAUAUUUUGGUUCACAGAUUACUUCUGACUGCUGUUGAAGGAACAAAAACGGAGACAAAAUUCUCCACUUUAGAAAUGGAAGAAUUCUGCUCUCAUUUGAACAUGAAGCAUAAAGCUGCACAAGAUAUUGAAAAAGAUGCCCACCAGUUGUAUUUAGCAUUCUAUUUUGAAGAUGCAAGCUCUAAAGAAAAUUCUACUCCAUGUGUUGUAGACAGUAUAAUUUAUUCUUUUCGAGCCAAUGGAAUGCUGGUAUUUGUUCCAAAGUAUGGUAUCAAAGCCGCAGUUUGCCUAAGGAAUAAAGAUAAUAAAGUUGCCAUAGUAAAUAAAGAUGUGCAGUGGGUUGAUGGUCAUCUAGAAUUACAAGAAACUUGCUUGCUGGUACAUUCAACUCUUGAAGUUCAAAAAUAUCACAUCUUUGAUCAUAUUACUGUUUGCAUCAAAGUACACAAAUCAAGGUCACAUCCAUCAAAAAUUGUAUUGGAAUUAGUUGAAAAUGCCCCAUACAAAGAGGAUUUCAAAGAAUUGAACUACCUUUCAUUUGAAACUCUUAAACUGACUACAGAAAAUGAUGAAGACACUGAUGAUAAAAGUAAUAGGGAAACUGAAUCAUCUGAAGGAUUUAACAUGUACUUAUUUUUAGAAAAAGUAAGAAUGUGCAGUAUUCAUCAUCAGAUUUAAAAAGUGCCUGAAAAAUAACA